CAAAAUUUAUCCGUUAGCCAAAACAAGAAAUAGGAACGAGGGAAAAGAUAGAAAAAAAAAAAAAUAGUAGGCUUAGACGACAGAGAAGCGAAGGUGUUGUUGUCCUCCUCACUUUCUCCGUAAACCAGAGGGCAAAGCUGCUCUAUUCGCGAUUAAGCUCGAGAUAUAAAUCUGAAUUUUCUACGAACAAGAUGGACAGAAACGGCGCCGCUUAAGGACUGAGGGAAGCUAGCAUGAAUCCAGCCACGCGCCAACCUUUGGAGUGGAAGUUCUCUCAAGUCUUCGGCGAAAGAAGCUCCGAUGACGAAAUUCAAGACGCCGAUAGAAUAUCGACGGUUGAAUUUGACAAGAGUGGCGAUUACGUUGCUGUUGGAGAUCGAGGCGGUCGGAUCGUGAUAUUCGAGACGAAGGAUGGAAAAAAUACAGCCGACCAGCACUAUUCCCGAAAUCAACUGGAGCAGUUGGAUUAUGUCUCUUUAAACCACCCUGAAUAUCGAUAUAAAACUGAAUUCCAGAGUCAUGAACCUGAGUUUGAUUAUUUGAAGAGCUUGGAGAUUGAAGAGAAGAUCAACAAACUCAAAUGGUGUACAAGUCUAAGUGGGUCACUCUUUAUCCUUUCAACGAAUGAUAAGACAAUUAAACUGUGGAAGGUAAAGGAUAGAAAGGUGAAGAAAGCCAGGGAAAUAGAUUCUCCUCAUCAAUUGCUCUCUUCAGAAAAUACUCUUCUGUCUGAAAGGAGUUUUAUGAAUGAGCAAGGCAUACCGUCUUUUGCUAAUGGCAAUCACGUAGAAAGUGGAGCUAACAGUAUUUUCCCAUCUCAAGAACCGCGUUCUAAGAUUGCCAACUAUGAAGACACUGCUUAUGCAAGAUGUAGAAGGGUGUAUGCUCAUGCUCAUGAUUUUAAUAUCAACUCACUUUCAAAUAAUAGUGAUGGUGAGACGUUUAUAUCUGCAGAUGAUCUUAGGAUAAACUUGUGGAACCUUGAAGUUAGUAAUCAGUCAUUUAAUAUCAUUGACAUGAAGCCAUCAAAUAUGGAGGAGCUUACUGAGGUCAUAACAUCAGCUGAAUUCCAUCCAAUUCACUGUAACCUGGUUGCAUAUAGCAGCUCAAGAGGUUUUAUUCGUCUAGUUGACAUGCGACAAUCUGCAUUGUGUGAUUACAGUGCAAGGAUAUUUCAGGAUGAAGAAUGUCACGGGUCACGAUCAUUCCUUACCGAGAUUGUUGCUUCCAUAACUGAUAUAAAGUUUCCAGUUGAUGGACGUCACAUCUUAAGCCGUGACUACAUGAACCUUAAGCUAUGGGAUAUGCACAUGGAUUCUUCACCAGUUGCUACAUUCAAAAUUCACGAACACUUACGCCCGAAGUUGUGCGAUUUGUAUAACAAUGACUCCAUAUUUGAUAAAUUUGAGUGCUGCCUCAGUGGAGAUGGACUUCAUUUUGCAACAGGAUCUUAUAGUAAUCUCUUACGUAUCUUCUUUCAUGGUGGUGGGAGUGACGAGGGGGCUACAAUAGAAGCUAGCAAAGACCCGAACAGUAUUAAAAAUAGGAAGCCACUUCCAAGGGCAAGAAGAUCAUCUCUAAGUAACCUUACACGCGGGUUUUACAAACAAGGUCAUGAAAGCACCAGCGUUGAUGGUGAAUAUUCGUUGAACUCGAGUUCAAAGUUGCAACAUCUCGCAUGGCAUCCAUGUACAUACUUGAUCGCUUGUGCUUCUGGUAAUAGCUUGUUUUUCUACCAUGCCUAGUUACCCUCUAUAUACAUGCUUUCAAGACUACGUUUUACUGGCUUACCAUGAGUAAAAAUGUACAAGUUGUUCUGCAUAAUCAAACUCGAUAAUUUGGAGCCUUUGUCCCGAUUAACAUGCAUAAAAGACAAGUAGGCUCAUUUCAAACA